CUAGAAACAAAAAACUGGAUUACGAGUAUUUAAUAGUAAAAAAAACUGAAAUUACUAGAUGGAGACUACCAAUUCAAAAUUCAAUCCAAAACAGAAAACAAGUAAUGUAAAAUAUGCAGGAACUUACAAUCAUUACUUAGAAUGUAAAUUGAAUUGAAAGAAUUGAGGGAAAAUGACGUUUAGGCAUUCCUGGUCUCUUGCUUUCUGCUGCGGCUGAUUGUCAAAGAAAAGGAAGAAAAGUUGCUUCUUGGUCUCUAACUUCUGCUUGCUGCGAUUGGUUCAGAAACAAACAGAAAGAAUUCCUUCCCUGCGGCUGCUUGUAACUAAAAUGAACAGAGAAGAAAACCUGGUGCAGCUAAUCUGGUGUGCUUCGAAUGAAUAGAAUUGAUCUGCGGCAAGGUGAGCAGGAAGGGAAAAAAAACGAAGUCCUCAGCUGGGGUUAAUUUUUGAAGUGAAAAGAAUGGAUGAACCUCCUUGGUUUGGGCUGCUUUUCUCUCUUUUUGGACUGCUGAAAGUUGCUGCAGUUUUUUUUUUCUCUUUGGGCUGUUUGCCAAAUAAAUCUUAACAAGAUGUCAAAAUGCCCGAUCCAAAUAAAAUGUGUUAUUCACAACAAAUUCGGCCUAUAAAAUCACAACUCACCACAACCGCUAAUCAUAUGCAUUUUUACAAUCAAAUUACUCCAAAAAUAUCAAAUUGUGUGGAAAACUACUAAACUGAAAAUGAAUGCCACCGGGACCGAAAAAUAACAAAUUUUCAUUCAAAACCCCCAAUAGUCACCCGAUUAAUUAUAAAAAUUAGACAAUUAACACCCAAAAUAUGGGUGAAAAGAUAGGAACGGAACGAGCCUAUCAAAUCUCCCCACACUUGAGCGUUGCUUGCCCCCAAGCAACAGUGCAUUAAACCCACGGAAAACCAAAUAAUCACAUGUAAUACCUGGUUCAAAAAUCAUUCACACCCAAAACAAAUGGCUGCACAAGGUCUUUUCUUUCUUAACAACGAAACCAAGAUGUUAGAGAUAUUUUUAGUGUUGUGAUCAAUGUAUUUUAUCUAGCCUCUUGGUAGUAUUUAUUGUGUAUUUAAUAGGCCUUAAAUGGAAAAGGCUACUAAGCUAAAUUAGGAAUGGGCCUCCUAAAAAGGAGAGCCCAUAUCAUUGUAAAACCUACCAUUCUAAGGAGGCUAUAAAUAGACCCCUUAGGAAUGGCUAGGUUAAGCUUUCCUCCCUUAGAAAAAUUCCCUGCGCAUAGAAUAGAGAGCCUACGGAAGUUUUACGCUACAUGUUCUUCAUCUUUAUGUAAACUUUCUGGCUAUCAAUGGAAAGCUUCUUCUACUCCUAUUAAUCAGAUCUUAUACAUUAUAGAGUAGAAAUUGGGACCAACAAUUGGUAUCAGAGCCGAGCGUGUGACCGAUUGAAGUUUCUGCAAGUUUAUCGAUCGAUUGAAGACAGAAGAAAACUCUCGCGCGAAACUCAUCGACGAAGUUUUUGCUUGUUGAGCGAUCUUCUGUUCUAUUUUUGUUGUUAUUUUUGCAGGAAAAUGUUUACAGGAAAGUGUUUCUAAGAUUGCAAGGAUUCAUUCUGUGAAAAAUCGCAUCCAGAACUUUGGCGUACAGGUUAAGCAGGAGUUGAGCGAUCCUGCAUCUUCGCGCAUCUUUUUCAGGAGUUGAGCGAUUCUGAAAAAUCGCGCAAUUGUACUUGAGCGAUUUAGGCCUUGAGCGAUAUUUCCCUUGCGCGAUCUGGUGCACUUUUGCGCGAUUUCCGCUUUGCGCGAAACGAGGUGCGUGAUCGCCAAGUUGCGUGAAAACUUGGAAGUCGAGCGAAAGUCUCCCGUACUGGUUUCAACCUUGCGCGAAACAGGUCCCCGAGAGUUCUUUUGCGCGAUUUUAUUUGCUGUGCGCGAUUUUCUUUAGGUGCCCGAAUCAGUGUUGCGCGAAACGACUAUCUUUGCGCGUUUUUAACUUGCGGUUCAGGUUUUUAACUUGCGCUUCAGGUACUCAGUUGCGCGAUCUGUACUAUCUUGCGCGAUUCAGGUACUCAGUUGCGCGAACCGAGUUGAGUUGCGCGGUUCUCCUGUUUGUGGACAAAAGUUCUUUGCCCAGUUGACUAAAUCACGUUUUCACAAAAAAAAAAAAGGAGGGGAAAAACCGUCAUUUGAGACCCGGCGAAUUUUGCGACUAUCGUGUCCGCAGGUCGCCCGCGCAGGGGGGUGCGAAUUUUUGCUUUUGAACUACAAGCCGAAAUCCCAUGUGCGCGAGAGCUCCUCUCUUUUCCUUCACCAUUUAAUCUUAAGGAGGGAGUGCUCCAUAUAAAUAGGCUCAAAAGUUUCCAAAGAGUUUAGGUGUGGGAUAAGUUAACUAGCUUACUUUUCCCUUCACUUGGACAAGUACAUUUUUUCCCCCAAAACCCACUUCAAGUGCAAAUUUUUAGCCCAUCUUCAAACCUUGAGGUCAAACUCCAAAACCAAAGCUCAACACUUUUUCAAAGCUUCAAAUAGUCAACCUUGAGAUUUAAAAAAAAAAAAAAAAAUUAUUAAGUAAAAAAAAAAAAUCUCAAGGUUAAGACUAAAUUUUCUCAAAAUCAAAGCUACAUUUCAAGAGUCACAAACUUGCAGAAAUCUUCAAUCAUUCACACGUCAACGAUCAAUUUUCUUCAGUCAAUCAUGAGCACUCCCAAUAUUGCUGAUAAAGUGACUGCCCUCUCUGCUCAAAACAAGAAUGCAGACAACGCUGUAACUACCUCUAAUUCUUCUGUUUAUACUUGUUGUUGCUCAAAAACCGACACAAAUGAUAAAUUUAAGGAGCUAGAGGUGAAGUACACUAGAUUGUAUGAUGUCUAUAAUCAACUGCGUGAAAAACAGACUUGCUCAAACAUUAAAAUAACCAAUUCAGAGAAAACAAUCACCAAGCUCACUACUGAGAAUAAACGUCUCAGUUCUAGUGAAAAAGAGCUGACAGAGAAGCUUAGGAAAACUGAGAAGGAGAGAAUUAGACUGUUUGGUGUCAAUAAUUUACUUAUGGAAAGAAGGGGUGCUCUUUACACUAAAAUUAAAGAACUCGAAGACCUGUUAGCCAAGAGGGACCAAACAGACCAGACUAUUUUCCUUAACCAGCCUAAGGACACUCGUUUCUAUAACGCCAAGGAGGGCCUGGGUUUGACCAAUCCUCAGAACCUGAAAAAGGUCAAUUGUAGACAACUCUAUGAUGUUAGAUACAUGAAAAUAGGACUGACCAAACUCAUGGCCUUCACUGGAGCUGAAGAAACGAAUGCCCUCGAGGACGAAAAGAGAAAGACAAAGGCUGGUGUCGAGGUUCCUUUUGACUACACAGAGUUGAACAAGAGUUACAAAACCAAAGAACCCCCGCUAACACCUGCUGAUGAAGUCAUAACUUAUGCUCCUGAAAAGGAAACUGUGCAAGAUGGAGAGGAACCUUCAACUUCAGAACCUGUAGUCAAACCAGCAUACAUUCCACCUCUUGUGAGAAAGUUUGCUGAGUUAAAAGAAUCUUUUGAAAAGGAGAAACAGGUUUUAGAAAAAGAAAAAGAUCAACUUUUGAAAGAAAUAUCCAUGUUAAAAACAUCCUCUCAGUCCAUCACAGUUUCUCAACCCUCUUCCCUUUCUUUCUCAGAAAAAUGUUUAGAAAUUUCAAUCAACAGUUCUAAAACUUCUUCCACUCACUCUGAGCCUCCUUCUCAGACCGGAAACCAUGUGAAGAAGAGAGUUGAGAAGAGAGGAGAGUGGAUUCAGGAGAAAUUGAGAAGAAAGAAGAAAGAAGAAGAGUCUCAUCUAGGAAAUAAGAACCAGCGAUCAAGUGCUAUGUUUUAUGCCAAAAACAAGUCUAGAUCUAACAUUAGUGAGCCUUCCACUAGUAAUACUAGAAGUGUUGUUCCUGGGAAUUUCCUAAGCGAACCCUCGACUAGUCAUGCUAAAAGAGCGGCUCCUAAGUUUUCUAGUUCUAAGACAUCUGUCAUGAAUCGUUGUUCUAAAUGUGUUUCUCUGAAUUGCAUUAAAUCCAUGAAAUGUUGGUUUGAGUCUGAUUCCUCAUCAAACAAAGACAAGAAUGUGAACGUUCAGAGAUGCCCAAAGAAAUCAACUUCUGUGAAAGUGAACGUUGAGGGGGAGUACAGAUUACCAUGUUUAAGGUAUCCCCUCAAGGUUCGUUCACUCAAACAUUUGAGAAGGCUCUCUCAGGAAACAAUUUUAAAAGAUCAUCUGUCUGAACAUUCACUCACUGUUAACGAAAUCUCUCUCGCUCCAAAGUUCAAACAACAAUGGGUUCCUAAGGCCAAAGCUGAGAAACUAAGAACGUCAAAUCCUUCUCAAUCAGCUGGCUUAGGUUCCCACAUCAAACAAAAAUUAAAACAGCUCUUCACCACUAAUAAGGAUGGACCCAUCUGGAGGUGGGUACCAAAACACACUUAAUCUGUUUUGCAGGGCCGUCAUGUGUGGUACCUGAUCCGAUUGCUCCACACACAUGGCGGAUAUGACGAGCUGUGAGCAACCAACUGGUGCACAUUAUUAAGGGGAGUAUUGGCAUGUAUACUACCCCACUGAGCAGAAAAUCAACAAAUGCACACCCCAACACCAACGCAUGCCAAGAAGAAACAACAAGUGCAUAUUUUGAGGGGGAGUGUUUCUUUUUCACUCCUCCUGGUGCAUUACAACGAAGAAAGCACAUAUCAAGGGGGAGUUUUCUACUUUACUCCCGGGUGACAAAUAACACCUUGCACAUUCUGAGGGGGAGUUACAUUUUUCUCCUCCUGACACCAAUCAAGGAUCAAUGCAAGACAACCCAAGGAUGUUAUGACAGAACUAGUACCAAUCAGGACCGUCUACAGGAUCCAGAACUUGUACCCAUCAAGGAGAACAACUCGGAGUUGGAACCAAAGGCCUUAUCCUGCCAUGAUAAUGUCGUGGUGGCUGUUUUGACAAGGCAUAAAAUUUAGAAGACACUGAACAAAAACUACCGAAGCACCAGAGGUGUAUCUCUAACAAUUCUGGAGAACACUCAACUAAGCAAGAAAUGCCUCUGGUGCGAGAAUUCUGAAAGCCACCAUUGACGACACCAAGGUGACCAACACCAAAGAGUUCAUGCAUCAAGUGCUUUAAACUCAAGAAUUGAUAAUGGGACAGAGUUCAAAAACAAGGAGCUGACCGAGUUCUACGAAGAUCGGGGAAUUACACAACAGUUCUUUGCAGCUAAAACACCAUAGCAAAACGGUGUUGUAGAACGAUGGAACAAGACCUUGGUGGAAGCAGUCAGAACCAUACUGAUACAGUCAAAGCUUCCUCAUUUCAUGUGGGUUGAAGCUAUCAACACGGCUUGCUUCACAAAGAACUGGAUGGUGAUUCACAGACGAUUUGACAAGACACGCGAUGAGAUUGUGUUCAAGCAACUCCCUGACAUUGCCUUCUUCCGUGUCUUUGACUACAAGUGCUACAUUAUGAAUGAUAGGGAUGCUAGGGGGAAGCUUGAUGGGAAAGCUACUGAAGACGAAGAGGCUCAAUCAUCUUCUGAAGUAGGAGGACAGGGAGACGAGACAAGAUCGGAUGAGCACGUGGUACUAGAUUCUCUGUUCGAGCACUUUUACAGUCAACCAAGUGCAUCACCAGCUACAACCGCUACAAAUUCUCAGACCUUCCUGUUAUAUGCUCCCACCGCAGAGAAAACACUCACUCCCACUCAGAAUGAUGAUGAGCACACAGAUGACGAAGCUGAAUAUGAACCAUCUACCCCGCAUAAUGAUCAACCUGAAGCAACUGCAACGCAAGAAACCCCAGAGGCACAACCAGAUCAAGAAUACACUGAUCCAGAUCAUUCAAUCAUAACUCCACUACCUCUACAACAUGAGAGAAAGUGGACGAGGGCACAUUUGCCAGAACUAAUAAUUGGUGAUCCAUCAAAAUGAAUCAGUACCAGAACCGCUUCAGCCAAUGAGUGCUUAUAUUCAUGUUUCCUGAGUCAGAAAGAAUCAACAAAUAUGACUGAAGCAUUGGCUGAUCCGGAUUGGGUGAUUGCAAUGCAGAAAGAGAUGAACCAGUCUGAAAGACUGAAAGUUUGGACACUGGUGCCUAUGUCUUAUAGAAAAACCAUUAUUGGCACCAAAUGGGUAUCCAAGAACAAGAAGGAUGAGGACGGUGUGAUUAUCAGAAACAAGGCCCGCCUGGUAGCAAAAGGUUACAAUCAACAAGAAGGAAUCGACUACGAUGAAACCUUUGCACCAGUGGCGAGGAUUGAGGCCAUCAGAUUAUCUCUUGAUUAUGUUACUCACAAAAGAUUCACCGUCUGUCAGAUGAAUGUAAAGACUGCAUCUCUGAAUGGAGACCUGAAAGAAGAGGUCUAUGUAGCACAACUUGAUGGAUUCGUAGAUCCCGAAUGCCCCAAACCCUAGAACAAGAUGAAUACGAUGAACUGGCCAAUAAAAAAACAUCAUGGAAGAAAUGAUCAUGUUAAGCUAUGCUAUGCCGAUCAAGCUCAUCUCCCAGGUCAAACCCGACAAACUACCACGACCAUGGAGGACUCUGAUGGCAACCUUGAACAAGUGCUGCAUUGCCAAACACAAUAGCUUCGACAUGUGUAUCAUCUAUCUUCUGACUGCCUUCCAUGGUGUGGCAUUCAACAAAAACGACGAUUUUGUCUCGCUGAUCUGGGACGACAUCAGGAGGAAGAAAAACAUCGAUCCAUUCAAACAUCUACCAUAUAUGAGAUGGUUUUCUAUGCUGAUGCGACGUGUCUCUAGAACAACUCCAACUAUCCACCAAAGACUAUCUACUGAGAUUCUGAGAGCGUCAGCACUCCAUUCCUCAAGUACAUUCAAAUGGUGACUGAGGAUCCUACACUCUUACCAUUCACCAGACUUGUGUCUCUGCUGCAGCUAGCUAAUCUGAAUGAUCCAUCUGUCUGACGCUACUGCUAGAAGAACAAUAUCAUACUCCCUAUGGCUCAGAUAAACCCCCCUGAGCCUACCCCGGGGAGUCAGCCGAGAGAUAGUGAGGGUCGUGAGAGUUCUACCCAGCCACAAAUACCAGUGGCAAGUCGGCCCCAUGAUGAUCAGACUACGUCUGCUGAGGGCCAACCCCAAGUUGCUGAGGAGAUUUCCCAUGAUUCGCCAAGCGUAGCCAGAACAAUAAACGCUGACGAUGAGGGCUCCGGUAGCAAGGCUAACAAGCGUAACAAAGUCAACAAGGAUGAUGAGGUUAAUGAUGAUGCGGAUGACAACACUAAUCAAAUCAGGGAGCCUCUGGUACAAAAACGCCGACUCAUUAUCAGGCUCCCCACAACAGCAGAAAGAGAGGUGUCUUACUCGCGGAGGAACAAAGAAGAAAUCAUUAUAAGUGCGACGCGCUCCAAGCAUCAAAAUGACAUCCUUUCCUCAUCAUGCACUCCUACAUAGAGGACACGGGACGUAAGCAAUCUGGCAAAAGAAAUAGCCCUGUCUGACGAGUGUACAAACCUAGAUGUAGUAAACCGGACUGACCCCAUAGGAGCAGAAGCUGACUUUCUCAGCUUCCGAGUAGAAGACGCAGCAUCUUGUCCAACUGCGCAUGCACAAGCCACACCUAGCCACUCUGCUGCCUCCCAACAGGUAGUAGUUUCACAAAUAGGGGAUCUUAUACCCACCUCUCUGCCCCCUUACGGAGCAGUUAAGGAUGUACAUAGUGGUCUAUCGCCCCGGGCCACUACCCUUUCUUCUAUCACAUUGAGUCUAGGUGUCACACUCCCUACAUUUUCAACUUUUCUAGGACACAUACACUCCUCACACAACCACAUCUACAGGUCCACUUUACCUGUCAUCAACGAUCGGAGAUAAGUCGAUGAUGAUCGGAAGUCCUGCUGCUCAACAGAUAACUCAAUCAUUAUCUGCAGGCCACACAUCGGUAAUUUUUACUGAUGUUGUGACAACGGUUACUACCCCUGUAACCGGAAACCCUGACCCUACCGACCUUUUAGUCAUUUUGCAGCGUUUCAUGGAUUCCACCAUUAAGCCAUGGGUGCACGAAGCAAUAACCGCUCGGGCACAGGAAUUCACGAACACCCCGGCGCUGUUUAACGACAUCAUCCAACCUCAACCAUCAUCCUCACACUCUCAACAAAAACAACUUACCCCUUUCCUUACACGUCAAAAUUCUGAACCCUCCACCACACAACCUAUAACUCCUACCACCUCAAGGGGAACCCAGGAUACAAAACUAGUGUCCUCCCCUAUAUCGACCACACCCUACCCUAAUCCACACACUAUGGUUUUCGAGGAACUCCAAUCUAUUAUGCUUGCAAGAAACCGACAGCACAUGCAGUGACAGUCUCCGCGGUCACAAACGUUCGCAUGAGGACCCUGAUGAUUCAGAUCCUCAUGAGGGGGAGAACAAGAGGUAGCGGACACUUGAGCAUGUUGCGUCAACUAGCCAACAACCACAACCUGAAUCCUCUAACAACCAACAACCCCAAUCAUCUAGCCAACCCAAAAGCCAUACCACUCAGGAGGUUGAGCUGCGUGAAAUACGGAUAAAUGCAAGGUUUCUCUCAAGGAUGCACAUUUUUUAAGGGGGGUUCUAUUUUCUCCUCCCGGUGACGAACAAUGACAAAGCAUACCGAGUGCUCCAGUUGAGGGGGAGCACAGAGAGAAAAUAAACAAGAUCAAUGAGAGACAAGUCCCAAUGGCUUAGUAAACCCAACUAAGCCUACCCAAGGGACAAACUUGAGAGUGAGUGAAUGAGUGAAUAUUAUGAGAGUGAGGAAGCAGAAGGCUCCGAUGAGCAAGAAGACAAUAAUCAAUGACAAAUCUGCUACCUCAAAUGAGCUAUCAAUCGAGGAAUCAAUCCCAGUCACUCAAAUACUCCGGACAAUCCCCAUAGGUUCAGGACUGAAUUUAUUCAGAUCCCGGGUAGAAGUCGCUGCAUUUUGUCCAAACAGCGCGUGCACAACCCUACCCUAGACCACUCACCUGUCUCCCAACAGACAGGUGUUUAAUCAAUGUUCACGGGGAAUCUCAUCUCUUAUCACCGUCUCCUUCUGAGGCGACUGAUACUACAGUGGCCCUCAUCCCCAUGCCACUGAACUUUCAUUGAUCACGUUGUGUCUAGUUAUCUCACUCCUAAAUGUUUUGAAUUUUCUAGGACACAGACACAUUUUUAUAGUCAGUUGCAGGUCCAAGUGACCAUGCGAGAACUUUCAUAGGCUCAUCUUCUAUAGAUGCAGACCGAUGAUUAGAAGGAAGUCCUGAUGUUGCAACAUAGAAAUCACCAACAUUUUCAGGCCAUCAUUUAGAGUUCGUCUCUAUAGUGAUGAUAACGGGUGUCUACACGACCCCGGGGGGCUAGAAUUAUCCAUGCUGAUCCUAGUGAUCAUGCCAUAACGACCAGAGUGACAUCUACCUCAGAUGUUUCACAAUGAUUGGUUGGAAGUCCUGUUAGAGCUACAACGUUUCUAUCAUUAUAUACAGGCCACACAUCAGUGUUUACAUUGAUGUUGUGUUAACGGAACACCCCAAUGUCUCCGAUUCUUAUCUUUUAAUUUUUCUUCCAAUUUCUUUUUCCAGAAUAAAAGAAUAAAGGCAUGACAUCUCGAUUCAUGGGAUCGUCAUGAGAGGGAGAGUGGUUCACAUGCUGCCUACACUCAAAAAUCAUUCUCGGACACUUCUCUCCUCCAACCCAAAAACGAUGGCUCUCUACUCCUUCAGAUUCAUCAACUGCCAAGUCAGCUUCAAAUCUAAAGGUCAGCCCUGCUCACAAGCCAACCAUCAUUUUCCGCUGUGCCACCGACAAAUGCUCCUCAAAAGCAUUCACAACUGAAUAGUCAGAAAAGGCUACAUUCUGAAGGAUACAGAGGUCGGGUGAUCAAAUACUGAAGACGAAUCCCUUAUGCGCCUAGAUUUCUUCAGAACAAUCAUUCUAAAGGCGCCAUCGGAUUCAUUCAAGCUGAUCAACAGAAACUUCUGAAAGGCAAGGAUUAAAAGCAAGAUUUUGAAGAAUCCAUCAACCCCGACAUCAAAGAACGAAUUGAAUGAAUAACACCAAAGGGGAGAUUGUAAGGAUUUCUUCAUGAAGCAUUUCCAAGAAGACAAAAGAAGCUGAACUGAAAGAAUUUGAUCGACUAAAGGCGGUGCUAGAUGCAAUCAACACUCGACUCGAAAAGAGGAGAAUGAUGCGCCAAUAUGAACAUGCUCUAGCACUGCAAAGCAACUACUACAAGAGGCAGAAGAACCCACAAGAGCCAACAACGGACAUCUUAUCACAAAGGGGGAGAAUGUUAGAGAUAUUUUUAGUGUUGUGAUCAAUGUAUUUUAUCUAGCCUCUUGGUAGUAUUUAUUGUGUAUUUAAUAGGCCUUAAAUGGAAAAGGCUACUAAGCUAAAUUAGGAAUGGGCCUCCUAAAAAGGAGAGCCCAUAUCAUUGUAAAACCUACCAUUCUAAGGAGGCUAUAAAUAGACCCCUUAGGAAUGGCUAGGUUAAGCUUUCCUCCCUUAGAAAAAUUCCCUGCGCAUAGAAUAGAGCCUACGGAAGUUUUACGCUACAUGUUCUUCAUCUUUAUGUAAACUUUCUGGCUAUCAAUGGAAAGCUUCUUCUACUCCUAUUAAUCAGAUCUUAUACAUUAUAGAGUAGAAAUUGGGACCAACACAAGAUUCACAUGUUAAACAACAUUUUCAAAAGUAAAAUCCCUCUCCAACCGACUAAAAUGUAAAGAAAAGCAUGAUGGUCCCAACGGUGUAGGUGUGUGAAAUUCAAACCACCAAUCAUUCCAAAAACCCAAGAGUUGUGUGAUAAAACUGGUAUACUCGUGAUUCUUUUUUUUUUUAAUAUAUAAAGUUGACCAGGUUCUGGAUUGCAGGACUGAUUCAAGCUCUAGGGCCUGGGAGUUUAUCUCAUUACUGUGUACUCAACUCUCACACAAGGUGAUUCGCGAGAUGAGCAGAGCCCCAUUUCGGGGAUGAAAUUCUCGACACACGAAGUGUAACCCCAUUACAAGAAUCAGUUACCUACUUAGCAUGAAGUUAUCCCGAUAUGCUUAGAAAGCAGAGCUCCUUACGGAGUAAGGAUUUUCAACACCUGGCCAGUCAAGGAAUUAUUAGUGCGAACUAGUGAAUCACGAGUAAAAACCGAAUUUAAUCAACACAAAUCAAACCAUCCAACAUGCCAACAUUUCCCAAGAAUAUACACACCACUCCGAUGAUUACACCAUUACUAAUUCAUUCCAAGAAAGAUGGAGGAGAUGGAAGAUUACAAAAGAAAAUAAAGAUUAACAAGUUACCUCUGUUGCGUUGCUAAACCAGAAAAAUCCUCGUGCACUCCAAAAUGUUUUUGGGCAGAAUAACUUCAUCACCAAAUGUCAUGUCCAAGCUAAAACCAAACCUCCCCACACUUAGGGGUGACAUCGCCCUCGAGGUCAAAGAAAAGAUUAAUACAGAAAUAAUAGGGGCAAGUUAAGAAUAAAAUGAUUUUCAUCCCGGCAGCACAUCAUAGUCACAAUAAUAACAAUCAACACAAAUCAACAAAGGAGUAAUAUGAGAGUAAACACACAUUCUUAGCAGUGUAGUAAGAGUUGGCAGAUUACCGUACAAGCCAAACGUUGAUGAAUACACUCCAAAAUAACUUCAAAUCUCUGCAUCAAAUAGCUCCUCGAUUGCUUACAUGCCGCUGAAUCCUGCACACAGUUUGCCCCGUAAUGCUACUUGAAGUCCUUCAAUCUUGAGAGUAAGUGUAGUAACAGCUGCCAUGUCUAGGAACUGCGCAUUCUGAUGACUUGAUGAAUACUGAGGCUGACUAGUUCAUUCAUGGGAGAAGAGAACAGGUCAAGGUAAUGACCCACGACCUAACUUGAUGUGUGAACUGCUGCCUGGUGGAUUAGCUCGCGUUCUGGCUACUACCAUGGAGGUUUACUCCUCAUGAUGAAGUGGAGUCCCUAAUGUUAAGUCAGCCUGGUCCAGUGUCUGCUCAAGCUAAAAGAAGCAUGAAACUAUGCCUCCUACGUAGCAUUAAUUCCCAGAAUAUACCCUGCUCAAAGCUUGUUUUUCUUGGAAACAGAAGUUGAUGUGAAGUCGUCCGCACCUACACCCAGUUAAAGAACCAAAGUGUCAACAUGAAUCUGCCAGCAAAGUCUUGUACCAGCAAAGGGGAUUAUACUGUCAAUCAGCUGAUUUAGUCCUCAUAUUCAGCAUAUGGUGCCAUCCGAAAACUGCAUCAAUUAGUUAAUAUCUGCCAGCGACCCCAUUUCCUGAGCAAGUGUAAGUCUAGCAUUCGAAUCCAGCUCAUAUAUCGCUCCUGGGGCUGCUAUGAAGUGAACUGCAGUUAGUAGCCAUGAGGAGCCCCUCUACACAUGCCUGCGCUUCUUCUAAUCCACAAUCAGUCCAUGGUGUCCCUUCCAUAUCUGCAACUCAAGAAAAGAAAUGUACCCGCACAACCACACGAUGACAACAACAAAAAAUGCAUAAAAAAUUAAUUCCUAAUUCUAUUUUUUUUUCUUUUCUUUUUCUUUUUUUUUUUUUUGGGGGUGGGUUGCCUCCCAGAAGCGCUUCUUUAACGUCACUAGCUUGACGACAGAUCAUGCUUAGCCGCUAAUCUCCUUAAGAUAAAGAACCUCCCUUUCAGUGCUCACUUUCUCACCAUAAUAGAGCUUCAAUUGAUGACCAUUAACCUUAAAGUUUCCCUUUUCAGGAUCAUGCAACUCAAUGGUGCCAUACGGAUAGGUCUCAGUCACUAUAAAUGGCCCUGACCAUCUGGAACGCAGUUUCCCAGGGAACAACUUCAACCUAGAAUUAUACAGCAGCACCUGAUCUCCAACUCUAAACUCGCGGGAUUGCUUGAUGUGCCUAUCAUGAUAUUGCUUCACUCGCUCCUUAUACAAAUGGUUGUUGUGGAAGGCCAUAGCACGCCACUCUUCAAGCUCAUUCAGCUGAUAAAAUCUCUCCUUUCCAGCCCCUUCAAGGUCAAAUACAACAUUCUUCAGAGCCCAAAAUGCCUUAUGCUCGACCUCCACUGGAAGAUGGCAUGAUUUUCCAUAAACCAACCUGAAUGGUGUGGCGCCAACAGGAGUUUUAUAUGCUGUUCGAAUAGCCCACAAAGCAUCAUCAAGCUUUUCAGCCCAGUCCUUUCUUGACCGACCAACUGUCUUUUCCAAUACUGCCUUGAUUUCUCUAUUUGAAUUUUCAACCUGGCCCUGAGACUGGGGAUGGUAGGCCACUCUGCUUCUGUGCUGAACACCAUAUCGCUGAAGGAUACGGGCCAUAGGGUCACUUCUGAAAUGGCUGCCCCUAUCACUGAUCAAGAUUCUAGGAACACCAAAUCGUGCAAAUAACUUCUUUAAGAAUCGGACAACCACCUUUGUGUCAUUCGUGGAACAUGCUUGGGCCUCCACCCACUUGGACACAUAAUCAACAGCAACUAUUAUGAACUUGUUCCCUUUCGAACUCGGGAAAGGGCCCAUGAAAUCAAUUCCCCACACAUCGAACACUUCGCAUGGCAAAAUAUAGUGUUGUGGCAUCUCAUCCCUCCGGGAUAUGUUCCCAGUCCUCUGGCACUGAUCACAAGCUGAAGCAUAAGUAUGAGCAUCCUUAAAAAUGGUGGGCCAAUAGAAUCCACAAUCAAGAACUUUCCUGGCAGUCCUCUCUCCUGAGAAGUGACCUCCUGUGGGUCCAGUAUGACAAUGCAUUAGAAUGUCCUUUCCUUCUUGUUCAGGUACACAUCUUCUCACAACUUGGUCAGCACAAAUUUUGAAUAGGUAUGGAUCAUCCCAGAAGUAAUGCUUGGCUUCAGACUUCAAUCUCUUAAUCAUGUGGCGAGACAUCCCGGCAGGUUCAACCUUGCCCACAAGAAAGUUAGCAAGAUCUGCAUACCAAGGCAUCUUUGAACCGUGUUGAAUGGCUAGAAGCCUCUCAUCUGGAAAAGUCUCUUCAAGCUCAAACUUUUUGAAUGUCUCCACCACUUCAGUCUCUAGUCUAGAUAGAUGAUCUGCUGCUUGGUUAGCGGUCCCCUUUCGGUCCUUGAUCUCCACAUAGAAUUCCUGCAACAAAAGAAUCCAGCGGAGAAGCCUAGGCCUUGCAUCAUUCUUCUGAAGUAAAUACCUCAAAGCCGCAUGGUCAGUGAAGACAAUUACCUUAGAAAGAAUGAUGUAGGGUCUAAAUUUCUCCAAAGCAAACACAAUAGCCAAAAACUCUUUUUCAGUAGUGGUAUAAUUGAGCUGAGGCCCCGCUAAAGUCUUACUGGCAUAGUAGAUAGGGCGAAAGUGCUUAUCCUUGGUUUGACCCAGGAUAGCCCCAACCACUUGAUCGCUAGCAUCACACAUUAUCUCGAAAGGUAAAGACCAAUCGGGUGUAGCAAGAAUGGGAGCCUCAGUCAAUUUCCUUUUCAAAGUAUCAAAAGCAACAACACAAUCAGGUGAAAAAUCAAAAGGUACAUCUUUCCCUAAAAGAUUAGUCAAAGGUCGGGCAAUCUUAGAGAAAUCCUGUAUGAACCGGCGGUAAAAGCCAGCGUGCCCAAGAAAGCUACGAAUGGCUUUUACUGUGGUUGGAUACGGAAGUUUCUCUAUUGCCGCAACCUUCGCCUUAUCAACCUCAAUUCCCUUUUCAGAAACCUUAUGCCCUAAAACAAUACCCUCCCUGACCAUAAAGUGGCAUUUCUCCCAACUUAAGGCCAAGUGGGUCUCCUCACAUCUAGCAAGCACCCUGUCAAGGUUAGCUAAGCAAGAGUCAAAAGUAUCACCGAACACAGAAAAAUCAUCCAUAAAUACUUCCAUGAAAUCUCCAAUAAACCUGUCAAAAAUGGCUAGCAUACAACGCAUAAAUGUAGCAGGAGCAUUACACAAACCGAAGGGCAUCCUACGGAAAGCAAAAGUGACAAAGGGACAAGUAAAGGUGGUCUUCUCCUGAUCUCUAGGGUCUACAUGAAUCUGAAAGUACCCACUCAUCCCAUCUAAGAAACAAUAAUACCCGUGCCCUGCUAAAUUCUCAACUAACUGAUCAAUAAAUGGCAAAGGGAAGUGGUCUUUCAGGGUGGCAUCAUUUAGUUUUCGGUAAUCAAUCACCAUCCGCCACCCUGACACAAUGCGAGUAGGUAUUAACUCCCCUUUGUCAUUCUCAACAGCAGUCAUUCCCCCUUUCUUAGGGACCAUAUGAAUAGGACUCACCCAACUACUAUCAGAAAUUGGGUAUAUAAUGUCUGCAUCUAAAAGCCUCAAAAUCUCGGUUCUCACAACCUCCAUCAAAUUAGGGUUCAACCUGCGCAGUGGUUGCACUGUCGGGCUGAACCCUUCCUCAAUGCUAAUCCUAUGUGUGCAAAAGGUAGGAUCGAUCCCCUUAAUAUCCCCUAGCGUGCGGGCAAUGACCCCUUCACGCCGCCUAAGCAAGGACACAACCUUAUCUUUUUCAUCUCUCUCUAAAUCAGAAGCAAUGAUAAUGGGGUGUUUGCCCUCAUCAUCCAAUGAAGCGUACUGUAGGUGUUCUGGGAGCCUUUUGAGCUCAGAAAACUGCUCAGAUGAGGGUGUAUCAACAACAAUAUUACCUAUAACCUCUUCAGAGGCUUCUCCUAGCAAAUCAUCAACAGAGCAUUUAAGUUCAUGAGAUAACAUUUCAUCAUCACACAUACCCACAUUUAAGACCUCACCACAUGCAGUAUCAUCAGAACAAUUACUCUCACCCUGGCCCCCAAAUAAAUAAUCCUCAAUACACUCAUACAUAUGAAGAAAAUUACAGCUCUCAGUUUGUGCCUCGGGGUGGUUCAUAACUUCUGAGAGUCGAAAAGUACAAGUGUCCUCUCCAAUUCUCAGAAUCAGUGAACCAUCAGACACAUCAAUAAUAGCACGGGCAGUGGCCAAGAAUGGCCGCCCCAAAAUAAGAGGGGUUCCACGAUCCUCCUCUAUAUCCAUAACGACAAAAUCUACAGGAAAAAUAAACUCACCAACCCUGACUAGGACAUCCUCAAUAAUACCACUUGGGUACUUAAUAGAGCGAUCAGCUAAUUGAAGACACAUCCUAGUGGGUUUCAUUCCACCCAGUCCCAACUUAUCAACAAGAGAAGCCGACAUCAAGUUGAUGUUGGCUCCUAGAUCAGCUAGUGCAUUUUUAAAAACAUAAUCAUGAAUAGAACAAGGUAUAAUGAAAGAACCUGGAUCCUUGAGCUUUUCCGGCAUCAUCUUUGUCACCACAGCUGAGCACUCUGCAUUUAGGUCAACCACAGAGUACUCCUCUAGCCUCUUUUUGUUGGUGAUUAAGUCCUUCAAGAACCUUGCAUAUUUAGGCAUCUCCGCAAGUACUUCUGUGAGUGGCAUCUCCACAUGUAGUUUGCUAAUCAUCUCCAUAAACUUGUAUUCUCUCUUGCGGUCCUCGCCCUUCUUGACACGAGCAGGGAAUGGAACAACUGGUGCAUUAGCCCUCUUGGCCUCUUGUUGAAGUGUAUUCGGCUCGAUGAUUGCCUUGCCCUCUCUCUGUCCUAGCUGUUCAGAAUUGAACUCUAGUUCAUCUUCAGAUUGUCUUUGAAUAGGUUUUGGGACAUUGACUGGCUCUGCACUCUUUCCUGGACAGCUAGGAACAUUCUUGGCUUGGCUCUUCUUCGCAUCCACCAUUGGUUCAGGAACUUGCUUCCCGCUGCGCAGAUUUAUUGCAUUCACAUGCUCUCUUGGGUUUGGCUCUGUAGUGCUGGGAAGGUUUCCAGACUGUCUCCCCGAAGGACCUCCAAAGAAUCUGUUCUCUAGUUCCCGCAUACGCUGCUCAUGUUGCAGCUCAAGGUUCCUCAACCGCUGCUCCAUCAAUAUCUUUUCCUCUCUUGCCCUUUUAUCUCUUAAUUCAUUUUCUUCUCUAGCCCGUGUCAGCUCUGCAAGCACCAAAUCUAGUUGGGAAUGAGCUGAAUUAUCUUGUUGUCUGAUAUGUGGGGGCACAUAAGGCUGGUUGCUGCCACUUCCUUGGCCUCGUUGGUACCCACCUUGGCGGUUAUUAUCUCUCCACUGGUUUGCACCACUCUGAAAAUUAUUCCUCUGGUUGUUGUAGCCAGCAAAGUUACCCCGGUUUCCUUGGUAUUGAGGUGCUAGUGGACCCUCUCCUUUCUUAGCAUACUCCAUAAGAUUUACUUCUUGAGGUGAAAUGGGCUCUCCAAAGAAUUGAGGACAUGAAUUGGUCAGGUGGGCUCCGAAACAAUGAUCACACGAAAGCACCAUGUCUCUCACUGGAUUCUGGUUUGGCAUUGGUCGAACACUCCUCUGGUUCAUCCCCUGGCCACCUUGGUAUUGGUUCUGCGCCUGAGCUUCAUAGAGUUUCUCAAACUUUAGGACAAGAGCAUCCAGUUUUGCGGCAGCAGCUGUACUAGAAUCAACCUCAUAUAAUCCUGCCUUCUGUGGCGCUCUUUCACUUCGCUCAUCAUACCAGUACCUCUCAUUUGAGGUAAUAGUCUCUAUCAGUUCUUCACCUUCUCCUGAUGUUAGCCUUAGGAUUGAACCUGUUUUAGAAGAGUAAUCCAACUCCUUUUUGCUCUCAAUGGACAGCCCAUUGUAGAAGUGAAAUAUGGUGUCCAUGCUCUCCAUGAUGUUGGAUGGACAGUUAAUUCGGAGCUCCUUGUACCGCUCCCAUGCCUUACUCAAUGUCUCGCUCCUCCCUUGUCUAAAGUUCUGGAGAGCUGCCUUGGCUUUGAUUCCUGCGGAUGCUGGGCAGUACUGUUUCAUGAAAGCUUGGUAUAAUUCAUCCCAGGUGGCAAAAGUGUGGCUAUCGAGCCAGUGUUGCGCCUUGUCCCUUAGAGUGAAUGGGAACAAAAGUAGUUUGUUAGCUGCUUCAGAAACUCCAUUGAUUCGGGAAGUCCGACAGAGACGGUUGAACCAACGCAUAUGUGUCUGGGCGUCUUCAUGUCUCAUCCCUCCGGACUGGUUACUCUGGGCUAGAUUGAUUAAUCCGGGAGAUAGUUGGUAAUUUGCAGCUUCAAUGCCCGGCAUGGUUAUUCCAUCAACCUCUGCAAAUUGCGGAGUAAUUUGUUCAUACAUUGUCCUCCUUGCGGGCUGUUGUUCUCCGGCCAUGUUUCUUGACCUUCCUUUUCUUCUUCUCAAAAUACUCUCGGGUUUGGAUUCAAUGGGAUCAAGCCUUCAGUUCCCCGAGCACGUGUGUGCAUACACCGGUUCCUGCAGCUUAGUUCACGUGCAAAAAAAAUACCAAAAACAACAAACAAAUAACAGGAAAAAAAAUAGAAAGUCUCACCGACUUGCUUUUACCUAUUCCACAGAAAAGUACUUAACAAACAACCGUGCCACUCCCCGGCAACGGCGCCAUUUGAUCGGUGUAUUUUUUUAGUGAGUUAAAACGUAGUUGGCUAAUCCGAAGAAUAACCAGACCACGAGUAUCGUCUCUCAAGGAGUGGCAAAAAGGAAGUUUUAAAUACAGUCCGUGAUCACAGGCUAGCACAAGUCAUGGUAAUCUUUCCAAAUAAUUAUUUUUGGGUGAUAAAAUAAAAUAAAAAAACUAACUAACAACGAGUGCAAAAAUAAGUAGAGGAAGAAAAAUUAAAUUAAAUUGAUUCUAGAUAGUAAAACAGGGUUCAAAUUGGAUGGUUCGGGUUCUGGGUGUUUUUUCGGGAUUGGAAUUAAGUAAAUUAACUUUCAAUUAUUCCUGGAAAGAAAAUGAAAUAAAUUCUCAUAGACAAGAUUUAAAUCAAUAUUUCACAAUCCUAACUUAUUUCUAAGGUCAGAUUGCUUGUAUAAGACCUGAGCUAAUUUAACUCAAUUUCUCAUAGACAAGAAUUGAAUUAAAUCCAGAAAUUCAUAUAUGAGGUGAUCAAAUUCAUAUAGACAAUUAUGAUUAAUCUUAUACAAUUAUCCAGAAAAUUAAUUGAUAAAAAAAACUAAAUUCACACCCUCAAGAACCCAUGAACCCUAGCCCCAAUUCAAACCCUAUAUGAAAUUAGCUAUUCAUGAUUAAAAUUAACAUCACAAUAAACAUAUGUGGAGCUAGAAACAAAAAACUGGAUUACGAGUAUUUAAUAGUAAAAAAAACUGAAAUUACUAGAUGGAGACUACCAAUUCAAAAUUCAAUCCAAAACAGAAAACAAGUAAUGUAAAAUAUGCAGGAACUUACAAUCAUUACUUAGAAUGUAAAUUGAAUUGAAAGAAUUGAGGGAAAAUGACGUUUAGGCAUUCCUGGUCUCUUGCUUUCUGCUGCGGCUGAUUGUCAAAGAAAAGGAAGAAAAGUUGCUUCUUGGUCUCUAACUUCUGCUUGCUGCGAUUGGUUCAGAAACAAACAGAAAGAAUUCCUUCCCUGUGGCUGCUUGUAACUAAAAUGAACAGAGAAGAAAACCUGGUGCAGCUAAUCUGGUGUGCUUCGAAUGAAUAGAAUUGAUCUGCGGCAAGGUGAGAAGGAAGGAAAAAAAAACGAAGUCCUCAGCUGGGGUUAAUUUUUGAAGUGAAAAGAAUGGAUGAACCUCCUUGGUUUGGGCUGCUUUUCUCUCUUUUUGGACUGCUGAAAGUUGUUGCAGUUUUUUUUUUCUCUUUGGGCUGUUUGCCAAAUAAAUCUUAACAAGAUGUCAAAAUGCCCGAUCCAAAUAAAAUGUGUUAUUCACAACAAAUUCGGCCUAUAAAAUCACAACUCACCACAACCGCUAAUCAUAUGCAUUUUUACAAUCAAAUUACUCCAAAAAUAUCAAAUUGUGUGGAAAACUACUAAACUGAAAAUGAAUGCCACCGGGACCGAAAAAUAACAAAUUUUCAUUCAAAACCCCCAAUAGUCACCCGAUUAAUUAUAAAAAUUAGACAAUUAACACCCAAAAUAUGGGUGAAAAGAUAGGAACGGAACGAGCCUAUCA